GAAGGAGGUGGUUGAUCCGGCUCUCUUGAGGGUUUCUUUCCCCGGAGUUCGACAAUAGGGAGGAGAGAAGAGGAGGAAAGGGUGCUUUCGCUUCAAGAAUGGCGGACGAUGACUACAACGACAUGGACUUCGGGGGGUAUGAAGAUGAGCCUCCAGAACCUGAGAUGGAGGAAGGAACAGAAGUGGAGCCAGAAAACAACAAUGAAGAUGUUCCAGAUGAUGUCGUGGGUGCAGAAGGUGAAGAAAAGGAGCAACAACCUGUCGAACGGCCUCGGAAAACAUCAAAAUACAUGACAAAAUAUGAACGUGCUAGAAUCCUGGGCACACGAGCUUUGCAAAUUAGUAUGAAUGCACCAGUGAUGGUUGAGCUAGAGGGCGAGACUGAUCCUUUGGAGAUUGCAAUGAAGGAACUUCGAGAGCGUAAGAUACCAUUCACAAUCCGGCGGUAUCUGCCAGAUGGAAGUUAUGAGGACUGGGGAGUCGAUGAACUUAUAGUGGAAGACUCUUGGAAGAGGCAAGUUGGCGGGGACUGAGUUAUUGCCUUCAUCACUUUGUCAUUUAGAUGCUCUGAAAUUUGGACAUUUUCUGUCUGUGUGUUUUAUAUUUUCGUAUCAUCUAGUCUCUAGCGAUGCUUAGAGCUGUCAGCCUGUUACCCAAGCUUCCGUUGGUGUACUACCCUUGGACUUGCUGUUUAAUGGUUAAAUCAGGUGCAGUUUACUUGCUUCUGAACCAUUUUUCUGGGGAGGCGUUUUAUAAUGCUACCAAGUGUUUGCUUGCAAACUCGUGAAGGUAAACUUGCAGCUUGCUUGCUUCUAAACUGUGGGUGCACAUCAGAAGCAUGGUUAUUGUUCAGAGAAACAAAAUUGAACUCAUAGGGGGCUUUCUAGUUUCUAGUAGAAUCCCAUGCUUUUCAUUCAAAUUUAUUUCCAUCUUUCUUGAGUUUUACUAUUUUCAUUACUUCGUUCCCAUUUCUGGAUAUCUGUAACUGAACGUGAUCACUGUCUCCCCAAACCCUUGUAGGGCCACUUUUGGGUUGUUUUUUUGUUGUUGUUGUUGUUUUUCGUUUUUAAUCCAAUUCUUGUCAA